AGACUACGUCCCAGUGCGACGUCGGUGCCUACGUAAUACAAUUUCACUGACGUCAUUACUUUGCGACCGGGAGUUUAUGCGACGCAAACAGCAAUGGCGAGCGGUAAAAAGAGUGUCCUACUUUCCUCUUUGGCAGACUAUGGAGACGAUUCAGAGCCUGACUCCGACUCCGAACCAGAAGAGACGGGGGGGCGUGUAGCUGGUCUGGUGUACAGCUACGGCGACGAUGACCUGAACCGAACCGAGGGUCCCAAUGACAAGGUGUCUGGAGAUGAAGGCAGCAGAGAUAGCAACUCGGAAAUGGAGGAAUCUGACGAGGGGAAGGACGCAGAUGAUGUUGAGAUCUCAGAAGUGGAAAAAAAGGACCCCAAUGAGCUAGUUGCUCUAUUCUCAGAGAAAGUACGGAACAUGUCACCCGAUGAGAUCAGGAUCCCCCCCGAGCCCCCCGGAUGCUGCUCGAUCCAGCUACAGGAGAAGAUCCACAAGCUGUACGAGAGGAAGCUCCAUGGCGAUUUUGACACAAACAGCCACAUCCAGAAAAAGAAGGAGUUCAGAAACCCAAGCAUUUACGAGAAGCUAAUUCAGUUCUGCAGUAUAGAUGAACUGGGAACUAACUAUCCAAAAGAUAUGUUUGAUCCUCAUGGCUGGUCGGAGGAUUCUUACUAUGAAGCCCUAGCCAAAGCCCAGAAAGUGGAGAUGGACAAACUGGAGAAAGCCAAGAAGGAGCGGACCAAGGUGAGUGGAACAACAACAACAAAAAGGGUUGUCAGUUCUCUUCUCUGUCUGCGUCAGGGGCAAGUCUCCACCAGCUGCAGAUUGAGUUUGUCACAGGGACUAAGAAGGGCACCAACCCCUCCAGCACAGCAUCCUCCACCAGCAGCAACACCACCACCACCACAGCCACAGCAGAGGCCCAGAAGAGGAAAAGCAAGUGGGACUCGGCAAUCCCCGUGACCCUGGCCCAGCCCACCCUCAUCACUACCAGCGCCACCCUGCCUGCCGUCGUCUCGGUGACAACCACCGCCAGCGGCACCAAGACCACCGUCAUCUCUGCGGUGGGCACCAUCCUAAAGAAGUCAAAGCAGUGAUUUGUAUGAUUUUUGUCUAGAAGAGUGCGUGAUCGAAGCAAUGACUGACAUGAAGCUGGAGGACCUGUAUUUCCUGUGGUCAUUUUAUAUGUGGAAAGAAGCAAUGAGAGGACAAUAAACAGGCACACUCAGCUUAUUUUUUUAAACUUUUUUUUUUUUUAAACCAACCUACAAAUACCCUUUUGAUACAUACGGACUAAUGUAGUGCUUCACUGAGUUUUAUCUCUGGGAUUGUAUCGGCACUAUUGAAUCCUAAAGCCAAAUUCGGUAUUUUGAAAAUACUCAUAAACCCUCUAAAAAUCAAAAACCAUGUCUGUCAUUCAUUUUUAUAUAUGUUGGCAAUAGUUGUUGGUUUAAACAGAUGUAGAAAACAAGAGCAUGACAAUGUUUGUAUAAGAAAAGAGCUCCCAAGCAGACCUGGUAGAAAUAUCUGAAAAAGUGUUUCUUUCACACAUAUGUGUGUAUUUUUGAUCCAUACUUUUGACACUGUAUUUUCAUUUCCUCUAGCAGUUGUGUUAUAGCUCGACAUGUGCAUCUUUUUUUUCCAGCAAUUUGUUUUCUUUCACUAUUGGAAUAUUGACCGACUCAAUGGUAAGGUUUUUUACACUUGUACAUAUUUAUUGAUGAUAAGGUGAAUAAAUGAAUCAGAUGUUG